CUUCACGUGUCUUCACACCUAACUGUAUGUAAUUCGAGGCUAUCACUAUGUGAAUAUGUUCUUAGCGUUUUCUGUUGUAUGAUCAAAAUCCUGAAUUCCUAAAGAACCAGAUCUUUCUGCUCCGUAAAACAAUCUUCCAUGGCUUCUCCUCUAGUUGUAGAAUCUCUUCCAGCGUCGCUCGAUGCUACAGCCGAUCCACCUACUCUGUUCGAUGGAACCACAAGAUUGUACACAAGCUACGUUUGCCCAUUUGCUCAACGAGUUUGGAUCACCAGAAAUUUCAAGGGUUUGCAAGAAAAGAUCAAACUUGUUCCUUUGGAUCUUGGGAACAGGCCUGCUUGGUACAAGGAGAAAGUGUACCCAGAGAACAAGGUUCCAGCCCUUGAGCACAAUGGAAAAAUCAUAGGGGAGAGUCUUGAUUUGAUCAAAUAUCUCGAUACCAAUUUCGAAGGGCCUUCUCUUUACCCCGAGGAUCAUGCAAAAAGAGAGUUUGGCGAAGAGUUGUUAAAAUACACUGAUACAUUCAUUAAAACUAUGUAUGUGUCACUCAAAGGAGACCCUUUUCAAGAAACCGCACCUGUGUUAGAUUAUCUUGAAAACGCUCUGCAUAUGUUCGAUGAUGGGCCAUUCUUCCUCGGCCAGUUUAGCUUGGUUGAUAUCGCCUACGUACCGUUCAUUGAAAGGUUUCAAAUCGUACUCAAUGAACUGUUUAAGUGUGACAUUACUGCAGAACGUCCCAAACUAUCAGCUUGGAUUGAGGAAAUAAACAAGAUUAAUGCCUACGCACAAACGAAGAUCGAUCCUAAGGAAAUUGUUGAUAUUUUCAAGAAAAAAUUCAUGUAAGGAAGCGCUAAGCAGUAUAGUGAGUUAGGGACCAUGGAUAUGAAGUAAGAAUCACGUGGUGCAAUGAGAUAUGUAUCUUACACGCAACAACAGCUUAAAUCUGUAUUUUACUUUUAAUCAACAAUAAAUGUUUAAUAUUCUCCGAUGACAUUAUUAUCUAUUAAACACAGAUACGUAGUGUUGAAACUAUAGUAUAAUUUCGGAAUGAAAACAGAGACAUUCUUCAA